CCUCCCAGAAUUCUUCGGGGGCAUUACACUGCACAACGUGGGGGCAUGGGACUGCCAGGGGUUUCUGGGAAAUGUAGUCCGGUCCGCUGCAGGUUGUCCUAGCUAUGGCUUCUGCGGGAAACCUGGAUCCUCCGGAGCGUGGACACCCGCGGCCCUUCCUGAUCGGGGUGAGCGGGGGAACGGCUAGUGGCAAGUCAACAGUAUGUGAGAAGAUCAUGGAGCUCCUGGGCCAGAAUGAGGUGGACCACAAGCAAAGGAAGGUGGUUAUUUUAAGCCAGGACAGAUUCUACAAGGUACUGACCCCUGACCAGAAAGCCCGGGCCCUCAAGGGCCAGUACAACUUUGAUCACCCUGAUGCGUUUGAUAAUGAUUUGAUGCACAAAACUCUCACAAGCAUUCAAGGGGGACAAAUAGUGAGCGUGCCCACAUAUGACUUUGUCACUCAUUCAAGAUUACCAGAGACCACAAGAGUGUACCCUCCCGAUGUGUUGCUGUUCGAGGGCAUUUUGGCUUUCUACAACCAAGAGAUCCGAGACAUGUUCCACCUUAAGCUGUUUGUAGAUACAGACUCCGAUGUCCGGCUCUCCCGCAGAGUUCUGCGUGAUAUGAAGAGGGGACGAGACCUGGAGCAGAUUCUUACCCAGUACACCACCUUUGUGAAGCCGGCAUUCGAAGAGUUUUCUCUACCGACCAAGAAGUAUGCAGACGUGAUUAUCCCACGUGGAGUGGACAACAUGGUUGCCAUAAACCUGAUAGUACAGCAUAUUCAGGACAUCCUGAAUGAAGACAUCUGUAAGUGGCAGCGGGGCUCUGCAAAUGGACGCUCCCACAAGAGAACCUUCCCAGGACCGGGGGAGCCCGGGGCGGUGCUGAUGCCAGGGAAGCGCAGUCACCUGGAGUCCAGCAGUCGGCCACACUAGGUGGCUCUUCUUACAGCAGGUUUUGUCAGUGAUUAUCUCCCCCCCACUCUGCGCUCCCCUGAAUGGAGCUGCAGACUGCUCAUUAUGUGUCCAGACAUGAAUAUCUGUUUGGUUGUACUUCAGUUAUGAGGUAUUGCAAAUAGAACCAAGGCUUUUGAGGCCAUUUUCAUUUUGUAGGGUGGUUAUGGGGCAUUUUUACUUUUUCUUUUUUGGGGGGGAAGAAAUACCAGUUGUUUAAAAGGGUCUUAGAGUGAGCACAUUGUUUUUAUCAGUGCCAGGGCCAUCUUUUAGGAUGAGUCUGGGGUCCGCAUGGAAAGUAAUUGCUCUAUUCCUGGUGAAUUAAUACACUGAAUGUUUAGUCUUUAGCCAGGCCAAAGUAGGGAUAUUAUACACACUGUAACAAGGCAUGCAGACCUCAUACAUAAAUAAGUGAAGUUACUGUGAUUUUGUAUAGGAAUGCACAGCACAGGGAAAAGCAGAUCUGAUAUUAGUGGUGAUGUCACAAUAUAAUGGUCUACUAUGCAGAUGACAGAUUAUUUUUAUUCAUAGAUGUGACGCCAUUGAGGAAUGUUCAGACUCAAAUAGAAUGAGUUUGUAUCGCCUGUUAGAGGUAAAUGCCAACUCCUCUAAUAUAUUCCUAGGAAUAUCAGGCAAGUUUACAAAUUAAGCUCAUACUUAUAUUUUUUCUCUCUUUCUGCUGCUAUUUGUGAGCUUUUCUAGGGCCUUGGAAGUCCUUCUUUCUAUCUGCAUACAAAGGUAUUUCAAUUAGGGUCUCCCAUAGGUCGUAGCCAGGCCAGGUUGUCUAACUUGGCUAGUUACUGACUUGUCAAGAAAACCCGUCUUUAACGUUUGGUAACGGCUCUGACACCAAAUGUCCUUAUGGCUCAGACGAUUGUUAGGCAUUCUGGUAUAGCCAAGCUGUUACAGUGACUUUUACGUCUGAAUUUUUACUUUGUUUUUUUUUUUCCUCUCCUGAUUGGUCGGGUUAUAUUAGUAGUUUCCUGAGCGCCAAUUUUCUUCCAUGCCUCUCAAACUGUUGCUUAGAAUUGGCAGUGAAGAGGUGAAAUGUGCUGCUGCUGUAUAUUAAUAGUUACAUAUCUCAGAUACUAUAUUUUAGCCUUUAUUUUUCUUCACUAACUAAAAAAUAAAUAUAUAUAUAUAUAUAAAUAGAGAGAUAUAUUUCCUUUGCACUAUAGAGAUAGUUUUGUUAUAAUUUGCCUCCGUUUCUUAUAGGAAGAAAGCUUUCUAUAGAAGGUUAAUGUGAAAUCAGUGGGGGGGUAUUUGUGCUGUAUGUAGCAGUGGCGAUCCUAAGAGGACUAGUGGGCCUCGGUUAUUAAUAAUGUGCCUAAAAGAAGGGUCAGUCUUCUCAUCUUCUAGGUGUUUAGACACUUUAAUCUGCAUUUCCUCUCUUUUUAGCCCAAGGGUGGCCCUCCAGCUAUUUCGAAACUACAAGUCCCAUGAGGCAUUGCAAGCAUGACUCCCACAGGCAUGGUGGGACUUGUAGCUUUGCAACAGCUGGAGGGCCACCAGUUUGAGGCUCCCGUUUACACCGGUGUGAUUUGACAGUUCCAAACCACAUGACAAGUCCUUAUUGUUGGCAAUGGAACUGUUCAAAUUGGUGCGAGACUGACUUUACGGUGCCGCACAAACAAACAAACAAAAAAAAAAGAUUCCUCCACAAUUUUUUGGGUGAUUUCAGGUGUGACUUGCAGAGACGUCUGUGUAUGAAGUCGGAUGCCAGGCAAGUCUCACCUGAGAUGGCACGGACCUGUGGCUUUGAAAUUGUAUUCAGUGUGAACCAGGGCUUAAAGUAAGAUCUGCUUUAGUAGGCACAAUUUGGAGGGGGCAUUUGCAAGUGAGCAAAAACUAGAGGGAAAUACAAAAGCCGUUAUUGUGGUGCUUUGCUUCCCGGUCAUAGGUGAAGUUGGUUGCUGGCAUCACGUGAAGGUGACCACCAUCCAACGCUGCCUUUUGGUCACAUGACCCAUAACUAAGGCCCCUUUCCACUCUCCUUAAAGGAAACCUGUAUUGCUUGAAAUAUAAGAGCUGCUGAUCAGCUCUUCUGAAAAUGCUAGGUGCCUGGCUUCCUUGCUGUCUUCAGUACUCAGAAUAAAGAUGCAGACCCUAUUCCAACUAGUAUAUUCGGAAUCUGGUCUAGUAUUUCUCUCAGUAAAGGUUUUUAUUUGAAUUACUAGCUAAAUAAGAUUGAGGUCCGAUUUAAUGUGCAUCUUCCACCCCCCCACGAUCCUGAGUGUCUUCCCACCAAUGGGCCAGAGCUGUGUUUUUCCCAUCUUACUAGAAGGGGUUCCAAGGGAGAGGGUCCUUCCUAUAGCUCCUCCUGUUUGGAGAGACAGAUUUGCUGGAUGCAAAUGAAAUAUUUCGCUUUAAAUAUUAGUAGCCUUUGAAAUUUACAUUUGCUUGCCACUGUAGCACUUUAUUUUAGGUUACACACAGAUGUGUCGGCGUUGACAGCCAAUGCUAUAGGAUAAUAAUCCGAGUCCUUUGACUUUUGUCCUAAUAUUCACAUUUUAAGAGGUCUUUCUGUUUCAUUCCUACAAGUGAU